AUGGAAGCUGUGGCUAUUGAAGGCGUAAAAUUUAUACUGGAGAAGUUGUCUGCUGUAGCUGCUGAAGAAAUUAAUCUUGUGCGUGGUUUCAAGAACGAACUAGCAAACCUAAAAAAAUACUUGAAAAAGGUCAGCCAAGUCUUGGAAGGUGCUGCAAGGCGCGAAAUCAUCGACGAGGAUGUUAAAAGCUGGCUCAAGGACCUCACAGAUGUUACAUAUGAUGCCGACAAUGACCUCGAAGAUGUUGCAUAUGAAGCCGACUAUGUUUUGGACGAGAUCAAAUAUGAAGAAUUGCGUCGUACAAUCGAGACCCAGGACGAGAUUAAGCCAAAGGGAUGCUUAAACAUCCCUUGCUGUACUACUACCACUUUGACAUUUCAACAGAAGAUGGCUCACAAAAUCAAGGGCAUAAAUGCCGAGUUCAAAAGGAUAAACAACGAUGCUAAUAGCCUUGGCAUCAACAGAGUUAAAGAUUAUCCUCUUGCAAAGCCUCUGGCCAUUGACACUACCAGCUUCACUGUUGAUCCAAAUGUCAUUGGAAGAGAAAAUGAUGAAUCAGAAAUUCUGGAGACGAUAAACAGCUCAGUCAAUAAUCUCGUUUCAGUCCUUCCCAUAAUGUCUCACAAGAUCAAGGGCAUAAAUGAAAAUUUCAAAAAGAUAAACGACGUAGCUGAUAGCCUUGGCCUCAACAGAGAUUUCAAAGAAUAUCGUCUUUCAAAGCUUCCGGUCAUGGAAACUACCAGCUUCACUGUUGAUCCAAUUGUCAUUGGAAGAGAAAGUGAUGAAUCAGAAAUUCUGAAGACGAUAACCAGCUCAAUCAAUAAUGUCCUUUCAGUCCUUCCCAUAGUCGGAAUGGGAGGGCUUGGCAAGACGACUUUAGCACGCAAGAUCUACAAUCACCAUCGUACAGAAACCCAUUUCGGCAAAAGGAUUUGGGUCUGUGUAUCAGAAAAUUUCGAUCAGAUGACGCUUUUCAAAAGGAUCCUGGAAUUAUUAGGGGACAAAGAUUUUGAUGGAGAAGAUUGGGAUGAAUUCAAAAAUACUCUGGUGGGAGUUAGCUCCAAUAAAGGAAAUUUCAUUAUCGUCACCACACGUGAAGAAGAGGUGGCAUCGAUUGUGAACACUUGUGAUCAUCCAUGUCGCUUGAGGUUAUUGACAGAAGGUGAUUGCUGGUCCAUAAUCAGAAAAAUGGCAUUUCAAGAUAAAGAAGUACCAGAACAAUUUGCGAUUACUGGAUUGGAGAUUGCUCGCAAAUGUAGAGGUUUACCUCUAGCAGCAAAUGUGAUUGGAAGAGUUUUGCAAAUAAAGGAAAUAAAAGUGUGGGAUUCAGUUCUACAGUCUGGGCUUUCAAAUCUUGAGGAUGGUGAGAAGGGUGUGUUGCAAGUCUUAAAGACCCUACAGAAACCGCCACCUUCGAUCCACAUUGCCACCACAAUUCCAACCCACCACAAUCAAUUACCAGUGUUGGCAGUCUCCAUUGCCACCUUCCAGCCCACUUCACAUUCAAAAAUCAAAUCAAGAAAACUCACUCACACUAAAACGCCAAGCCAAGAAAAGUCACCGGCUCCUGCCACCCACGCCCACCACCGUCAAUAUGAAACCAGAAAUCAAAUCACCCAGCCACCAACACGCCGCCACACUGAUUUUUCAUUUACAACCUCUUCAGCAGCUGCACUGAAAUAA